CUGGAGGCGGCGCACGCGGCUGAGGUGGCUGAGGCGGGAGCGGCAGGCCCCGGGGUCCCGUCAUGGCGGUGCAGGACCCGCGGCCCAACCACACCAUUUACAUCAACAACCUCAACGAGAAGAUCAAGAAAGAUGAGCUGAAGAAGUCUCUCUACGCCAUCUUCUCCCAGUUUGGGCAGAUCCUGGACAUCCUGGUGGCACGAAGCCUGCGGCUCCGGGGCCAGGCCUUCGUCAUCUUCAAGGAGCUGAGCAGCGCCUCCAGCGCCCUGCGCUCCAUGCAGGGCUUCCCCUUCUAUGACAAGCCCAUGCGCAUCCAAUAUGCCAAGACGGAUUCCGACAUCAUUGCCAAGAUGAAGGGAACCUACGUGGAGCGGGAUCGGAAGCGGGAGAAGCGGAAACCCAAAGGGCAGGAAGCUCCCAGUGGGAAGAAGAGCGGAGCCGGAGCAGCAGCCCCAGUGCAGGGCAGCGUUCCUGGAAUGCCGCCCAUGAGCCAAGCCCCCCGCAUGAUGCAUCAUAUGGCCGGACAGCCGCCCUACAUGCCCCCACCUGGGAUGAUCCCACCUCCUGGAAUGACUCCCGGGGGGAUCCCACCUGGAGCGAUGCCCCCACAGCAGCUCUCAGAGAACCCCCCCAACCACAUCCUCUUCCUCACCAACCUCCCUGAGGAGACCAACGAGCUGAUGCUCUCCAUGCUCUUCAACCAAUUCCCGGGAUUCAAGGAAGUGAGGCUGGUCCCUGGUCGCCAUGACAUUGCCUUUGUGGAGUUCGACAAUGAGGUCCAGGCUGGUGCUGCCCGUGAUGCUCUCCAGGGCUUCAAGAUCACCCAGAGCAAUGCAAUGAAGAUCUCCUUCGCCAAGAAGUGACCCUGAAACAGCCCCAAAAUACCCCUGAAACACCCCAAAAUAGCCCAAAAUCACCCCAAAAUACCCUGAAACACCCAAAAAACAUCCAAAAUCACCCUGAAACACCCCAAAUUACCCCCAAAACACCCAAAAGUAGCCCCAAAACAGCCCAAAAUACCCCGAAACAGCCCAAAAAUAUUCCCAAAAACACCCCAAAAUAGCCAGAAAUGCCCUAAAACCAAAAUACCCCCAGAACACCCCAAAACGACCCUGAAAUGCCCCAAAAUACCCCUGAAACAGCCCAGAAACACCCCAAAGUACCCCAAAAUAGCCCCCAAACACCCAGAAAAUAUCCCAAAAUACCCCCAAAUCUCCGCAAAAUACCCCCAAAACAGACCAAAACCCCCCCAAAACAUCCCAUUACCCCAAAACCACCCCUGAAACAGCCCGAAAUACCCCAAAACACAAAAAUACCCCAAAAUACUCCAAAAUACCCUAAACCACUUCAAAAUACCUCCUAAACAUCAAAAAUAACCCAUAAUCACCCCCCAAAAACCCUGAAACACCCCAAAAUACCCCCAACCCCCUCCAAAUACCCCCAGAACACCCCAAAACUACCCCCAGGCUCCCCAAAACCACCCCAAAGAGAACCCAAACAUCUCAAAACCACCCCAAAAUGGCCCCAAACCACCCUAAAACCACUCCUUUUGCCCCCCAAACCCCUUUUUACCCCCCAAGCC